AUAAUAUUGUCUUAUCAAAAUUCAGAACAGUGCUCGCGUCUGAACGUCUUGCGUUUACGAUAUAAGUAUUAAUAUUUAAAAAUACAAUGUUCAACAGUUUCUUAUACCUACCGCAGGUUUUCUUGUUGAAUAAUUAUUAAUAGUCGUGAACAUCGAACAAUAUUUAUUUAAUUAUUCAUUCGAAUCCAUCCGUUUUACGAUUUCAUGAAGCAACGUUUUCGUCUACCCCAGUAAAAUGUUUAGUAAAGUCAAGGGCUAUGAUGAGAUAACUAGUUCCAGUGAUGAAGACGAAGCGAAAUCAUUGAAGGAAGUUUUUAGCGAAAAAAGUCCACUUGUUGUUAAACAAACACCAGUUGAAGCUAGAACAUCAACUCAACAAGAUGUAGGCAGAGAACCUCAUGGAGAUACUUUUAAAGGAACUCAGUAUUUUGCUGCACUAGUUGUUACUAUUGGCGGAUUCAUUGUGGGUACAACAGUUGGAUGGUCAUCUCCAGCUGGCCCAUUACUAGAAAACAAUCAUUAUGGAUUCAAUGUAACUGAGGAAAAUGUUUCGUGGAUUGCAGCAUUGGUACCUUUCGGUGCCUUACUUGGUUGCCCAGCAAUAGGUGGUUUAGUGGACAAAUUAGGACGAAAGAACAUGAUGAUUAUAUUAACUGCACCCACAUUCAUUGGUUGGGCAAUGAUAAUAUGGGCUCAAUCUGUGGUUUGGAUCUAUGUUGGGAGAAUAUUAACUGGAUUUGCUAGUGGUUCAUAUUCUGUUAUUGUACCCUUGUACACUUCUGAAAUAGCUGAUAAAGAAAUUCGUGGUACUUUGGGUAAUUAUUUUCAAUUACAAGUCAAUCUAGGAAUCUUGUUCAUCUAUAUUUUGGGAUGCUAUUUUGAUGUUUUUGGCUUGUCAGUUGCUUGUGCAAUAGUUCCAUUGAUAUAUUUAUGUUUUUUGGUUUUAAUACCAGAGAGUCCAUUUUUUUAUCUUAUGAAAGGAGAUGUUGAUAAUGCUCGAUUGUCACUAAGAUUCUUUCGUGGACGCUUGUAUAAUAUAGAACCAGAAUUAAAUACCAUGCAGAAAUCUUUAGCUAAGACUGAAAGAGAAAGAGUUCCUACUAUUGAAGCAUUUCAAACUAAACCAGCAAAACGAGGCUUAAUUGUGGGUCUUGGAUCUAUGUUUUUUCAACAGUUCACUGGAUGCAAUGCUAUUAUUUUCUAUGCGACAGCUAUCUUUACUGCAACUGGUAGCAAAAUUCAAUCAAGUACAUCAACAGUAAUUGUGGGUGUUAUGGCUGUAAUAUCCACGUAUAUUUCUACGCUUGUAGUUGAUAAAUUAGGAAGAAAGAUUUUACUGUUGUUCUCCGUUGUUUCAAUGGGAAUUUGUACUUUCCUCAUCGGUGGAUUUUUUUAUUUAAAAGAUUCCAAUUACAAUAUUUCAUCUAUUGCAUUUAUUCCAUUAGUAUCAUUAUGUAUAUUUAUCAUUGCAUUCUCUAUUGGCUUUGGUCCCAUUCCAUGGAUGAUGAUAGGUGAAAUAUUUCCUGCUCAAAUUAAAGGUAUUUCUAGCUCAAUUGUGUGCAUGUCCAAUUGGUUUUUUGCUUUCUUGGUCACCAAAUUUUUCUUAACGUUGGUAUCUGCUAUUUUUAUAUACAAUACUUUCUUCUUGUUCACAUUCUUCAGUUUGUUGGGCAUAUUCUUUGUGAUUUUAAUUGUCCCAGAAACUAAAGGCAAAACAAUGGAAGAAAUUCAACUACUCCUUGGUGCUGAUCCCGUUUUACCAGAGAAUAUUGAAAAUCAAAAUGAAAUUCAAGGUUAAUGAGAUAUUAAAUUAAAAUAAUUUUACUGUAUCUAUGUUUAUCAAUAUUUAUUUAUCUUCAAUUUAUACUUAGUGAAACAAUUUUACAUCCUCAAAUUUAAAAAUAAAUAAUUAUGAUACCAAAGUAUAAUUUAUUAUUAUUAUUAUUGUUAAUCACUCGUAAA